AUGUCUCAAAAAACAAAGAAGAAGCGCAUUCGAAACUGGACCGCCGAAGACCGAGCUGUCCACCGAGACUUCGAGAAGUCGCGUCGGGAAGCCUUCAGUGAAAGCCUUACGGAGUUGACUGAGUUGCUUCCAACACUUAAGCCAGAGCCGCGUCCCUCCAAGCACGCUAUUGUUGAUGCGAGCAUUGCCUAUCACCGUGCCCAGCACGCUAGGUAUCUUCAAGCUACGCAGGCAGUGCAAUCCUUGAUGACCGAGCGCGACGAUCUUCUGCGAGAGGCCGGUAGAUCCCGCUAUGUUAGGGAUGCUGGGGGGAAGCUUCCAGUUGUCGAUCCUCUGGCUGAAGACCAGGACUCCAGCGAGCAGCAGCCGGUAGCCUCUCGGCAUAUGGGUGGUUCUCCGUUGGCAAGCGAUCGACUAGGCCAGCCUCCCUCUACUGUGCCGCAGGUAUCAGCUCCCGUAUUCCGUGAUCAGGGGCCUGACACUCAGGUCUCUGAUACUUUGGAAACGGGUGUCGGUGUGGUAGAUCUACCGGAAUGGGCGUGGGACCGCCCGCCUAAAGUUUCACAUCAACUUUCCUUUCCUUCAAAUAUCGCCGAUGAUGCGGGUCUUCUAUGGAACCAGCACCAGGUUAUCUCAACCACUACACCUCCACAAGAUGUGGACCCAAGUCGUGACAUUGGACCUUCGCAUCUUGUUGACAACUCGGCACUAUUCUGGACCCAACAGGUGGGAAUGCUGAAUGAUACACCACCUAGAGACGAUGGCGUGCAUUACGAAAGCCCGGAGACGACUAUUUGGCCCUUGCAGCAUCUAAGUCUGAAUGUAUUGCCAGAAGAGGCCCACCAGGCUACCAUGGAUCAAAUGCAGCAAUCAACAAUUUCAUUCAGCUCAGAUCCAAAAAGUCUAUCUAUAUCCAUGGGACAAAUUGCAGGCAACGACCUAGAAAAUCCUUCUGCAACCAUGUGCUAA